AUGUCCAGACUUUUGAAGAUAUGUUUCUUGUUGAUAUCACUGAAUCAUGCUGAGGUUAUUCACAGUCAGAGCUCUGAAGAUUUGCCUCCAUUAUUACACAAAGCUCUGGAGGAAGUAAUAACUGGGAAAUAUCUGAAUGCCCUCCUUGAUAUACUUAAUUUUCAAAGUUCUAAUGUCUGGACAGCAGAUAUGCUUACAAAAGUCAUGGCAUAUUUUCAUGCCCAGGAAGUUAUGUUUACUCUUAGCAGCCUCCAGAUGUCCAUACAAAGUUACCUGAAGAACCUUUUAUACCAGCCUAGGCAACUACUGUCUGAAUUUCAACAACUUGAUCAGCAGCAGUUCCAAACUGCAAUGAAGUAUCUCUUCAACAGCAGGAAGGAGCAUCUUGAAACGGGAAAUAUUAUUCUUGAUUGGGAUGAGACUAGAGAGAGAAUUUUUCAAAGCCCAGGAGUAAACAGGACCUUGUUCCUUGUCACACUGGAUAAAUGCUUCCUGGCUCUGAGUGCUUUGGACUGUGUGGAUAUCCUAAGCCAGGUUUUGCAUGUGUCAGCGGUGAACUAUCUCCAACCCGAUGUCAUUGGGAGCCUCCCAGGCAUUCUGCUGGAGGAUGCUUUCAGAAACCUAUCAUCAUUAUUCAAGGACCUCUAUGACAAAACCUCAGCAAAUACUCAGAGAGCUCUGUAUGGCUGGAUGAAGCAGAUUCUACAAAAAUCCUAUAACAGGAGUGACUUCAAUGAAUCAACUUCUUGGGUCAGUGCAGAAAGCUUAUGGAUUUUGGGAAGAUUCAUGGUCCAUCUCCCAUUAGAAGAAAUUCUGAAAAUUAGCCUCAGUGAAAUCAGACUGUUCAUUAGCUACGACAACGCGACAAAGCAGCUGGACACGGUGUAUGAUAUCACACCAGAGCUUGCACAGGCUUUCCUGGAGAGGAUAAACUCAUCAGGAUUUGAUAUGAGGAACACUUCAACCAUCUACAGGCUGGGUUUAUUGGUUUGCUUUUAUGAUGACCUGGAACAGAUGGAUGCAGCUGUGGCCCGGGCUUUACUUCAUCAAAUGAUUAAAUGCAAUCAACUGAGAGGUUUCCAGGCUGAGGUUCACAAGCUCAAAUCCCAACUCCUGAACAUUGCCAUGCAAAACCAGACAUUGAAUGAUACCCUUGGAUCUCUGUCAGAUGCUGUGGUCGGACUAACUUCAAGUCAGCUGGAAUCUCUGUCACCUGAAGCAGUGCAUAAUGCUAUUGCAACAUUAAACCAAGUCUCUGGCUGGGCAAAGAGCCAAGUUAUGAUUUUAUCCAGUAAAUACCUCUCUUAUGAAAAGGUGUUAUCAUUCCAUGAUGUCAGUCAAAUGGGUGCUUUGGUAACGGGCAUCAGCACCCAGUCCCUCUACAGCAUGAACCCAGGGGAGCUCUCCCAGCUUAUUCGAGGCACAACAUCCCAGCACUUGUCUGACUUAUCUCCUGCCCAACAACAAGGGAUCCUCAGGAAGAUAGCUGCAUCUGGAGAUUUUUCUUCAUCAGUCAAAGAGAUACAAGGAGCUUUUUUUAAAGAAGUAUCUCUUUCUGGUUUAUGGAAGCAGACUGGAUAUAGUUCUUCAGUGAUGAAAGAAAAAGAACUAAGAAGAAGCCAGGCUUUGUAUCUGUAUGAAUUACUGUCUAAGAAAAACAAUCCCGUUGACCUUCUAAGCACAGGACAGCUUGUGAAAGGAGUAACUUGUCAACUCAUUGAAAGUAUGGGCACAGACAUAUUUUUAAACAACUUCAAAUUCUUUGAAAUGAAUCUUCAUCUGCUUUCUCCAUAUCAGGUUAAUUGUUUAGCUUGGAAGUUUUGGAAGGUCUCCAAUGCAUCUAUUCCUCCCUUCCUCUUACUGGUGCUUCCUUCUGAGUACCUGGAGUUCGUUUCAGGCCCUUUGUGUGUCCCUUUCAUUGAAAGUCUGGGGAAGACUGAAAUGGACCUUUUGAAUCCAGGCCGUCACAAAAGGAAUGCUGUCCUGCAAAAAGUACAGGAGUGCUUGAACGGCUCUGUGGCUGAUGAAUAUGAUGUUGACCUACUUGGAAAUCUAAUCUGCCACUUACCUCCAGCCUUUCUACAAGGCAGAGUGUCCCUGAAGGCAAUGGCAACAGCCCUCCAUCAAUUCAAACUCUGCCAACAGCUCAGCCACGAGCAGAAGACUGAAAUUAAAUACAAACUCCUUGAGUUAUAUGGCUCCUCAAACAACUGGACAGCAGCAACAACAUUAGAUAUUGGACCAUUCAUAGCUCUGCUGUCAAAGGAGGAAUUAAAUGUCCUUGCUGAAAAGUUCCCAGACAUCAUUUUACAAAUAGCAAAGACAAUUGGACCAGUUUCUUCAGCUGAAGGGCUUUUAUCAACUGUGUUUGAGUCUGUCUCCAAUGCCACUGCCAACACCCCCUCAUCUCUCACCACACCUGAUUGCCUGGGAACCAGAGUUCCUUCUUCAGACGAAAUAAUUAAAUUAGCAGAAGCAAAUAUCUUUUGGUCAGAUCAGGAACUGAAAUGCAUGGACCCAGGGACUUUUGACAAAAAUGUGGAACUUCUUGGGACUGUCUCAGGUUUUAACAACUCCCAGCUUACUGCCUUGAAGGAAAAAGCCAAGCAGGUCUGGGGGUUGCUGCCUGACUGGAAGAGUUACCACAUUGUUUCCCUGGGUCGCAUUGCUCUGGCCCUCACUGAGCACGAAAUCCAAGAGCUGGAUUUGCAUUCCAUCGACACUGUUUCUGUGCUUAGUCAGCAAACAGAGUGGACUCUUACCCAGGCAAGAUCUAUUUUGGAAGGGUUUCUAGAAGACUCUGGCCAGACCAUCAGCACACUAAAAAGCUUUGAUUUAGUUGGAUUAGGAGCUAUUCUCUGUGCUUUGAACUCCACAGAAAUCAUGUCCAUAAGGACUGCUGAAUUCAGUGCUGCAGUUGCAAGAAUUGGCCUGUUGGUUUGUAGCACCCCUGUUCUGAGGCAGUUUAAGAAGAUGACAGAAUCUGUGUUUGGUGCUGCUACCAGCUGGAAUGGCUCUGUCUUACAGGAAAUUGGUACUAUAGCAGGUGGUUUGAAUGAGGAUGAAUUAAAAGCUGUUGAUAAAAGCUUGAUGCCAUAUUUCCAGCCAGCAGCAGUAAGACAUAUACCUCCUGAAAUAUUCCAAGCAUUGUCCCCAGAACAAAUAGCAAACCUGGGCCCUGAAAAUGCCGCCAUGGUUACGGGAUCACAGCAGGAGCAUCUGGAUGCAGCACAGCUCCAGAGCCUGAGGCUGGCGCUGGAUGGAGCCAGGACCAGCCCCCUCGAGGCACAGAGCAGUGCAGGAUCCACCCAGGAGGUGCAAACCCCGGCUCCAAGUGGUGCUCCUUGUUUGAGCAGCUUUGGCAUCUGGUUGUGUGCUGUGUUUACACUGCACCUGCCUUUCUGAACCUAUGAUCGUGAAUCUUGAGAGUCCUGGAGCUUACAACAGAUAUGCUAGAGAAAAAGAGUUUCAGCUCAGCAUGAACAGUAGAGUCAAGAGGCUCUGAGACUUCUGAGUGCAAAGUGAUUAAUUUUUUAAAAGCAACACACUCAUCUGCCAUCAUGCUGAGAAUUAUUUCCUUUCCACACCUUUACCAUUAGCAAGUAGCUCAGUAUCCCUCCAAAUACUUCAAAUUUCAAAACUAAAAAUGGUCAAUCUGUCUCAUGAGAAAAUCAGUGACAGAUAAGAUUAUGUGUUGGGAAGGAACCUGAAUGACCUGGGGGCAGGUAACAGGGGACUGCUAUUUGGAGGCUUAUGUCUGGUACCCAGUGCUUUUUACAUGGGCUAAUUUGGCCACACUAUUGUACCAAUCUGUUGGGUUUUCUUCUACUUCAAGUGUACAUUCCCUGGACUGGGGCGAUCCUUCUGUGUGAUGUAGUAGAAACUGCACUAAAAGUUAUUACUGUUGCAAUAAAAUAACUUCUGGGCUGCUGGUUUAAAUCCUGCUCAGAUAAGAAGUGAUAACACGUUUUUAGAAUUUAAGCACCUGCACCUGUUUGUAUUCGACACAGAACUGGUGACACUGGCAUUGGCAAUAUAUUAGUAUUUAAUGUGAAAAAAUGCACCAUGGAAACCUGCUUGUGUUCAUCAAGAGACAGUCCCUUCACUUCAGGCAGGGUUGAAGUGUACAUCUGGGAAUGCUAAGGGAAAACUGUGCACUGGGUCUAGUCUAUAUACUACUAAGACUCUACAUACUACUACAAGCCUCUGCAUGUAAACAUACAUUUUGAUGCUGCUCAUCAUGAUUUUAUGCCAAGAAUUCAUGGUACAGUUUUCCAUUUUGCCAUUUUAAAAGUCUUUAUCUUUUCUAGAUUAAAGGUGGCAAUACAUAGACUGAAAAGUUUAGCUUUGUUAUUCAGGGCUGUACUGUAGUAAAUGCCUUUCCAACUGUUAUUUGUAUUUCUUUGUGGCAAAAAUUACAUCUGGAUUCUCACCCCUGAAAACAUAACUGAAAUUUUGCUGAGAUGGGGAAGCAAUAGGAGUGGGCUGAGAGGGAGAGCUUCAGGGAAGAGUCUUGCUGCUUUGCUGCUGCUGGGGAAGGUGAAUGUGAGCUGUUGCUGCUGUUGGGAAUAACAGUUCCCACCACAGUCCCAGAGAUUCUGUAAUUCCUGCAGCAGCAGGAGCCAACCUGAUUUUCGGGGCUUUGUUAUUGGCAAAGUAGGAGUGAGAGCAUGGCCAUUUUCACCCCCCUCUCCCUUUCCUCCUUCAGCAAUCUGCUGCCUUUGCCUGUAACCAGCCCUGUCAGAUGUGACAUGAUGUUACACAUAAUACUACAUGCUUUAGUUCUGCAUUUUAUAAGCAAAGAACUCUUGAUUGCUGCAAACUGCCUGGCACCUUUUUCUUGAAUUCUAAUGGUGAGAUUCCAGCUUUUCCCAUCGUGUUUCCUUUUCUGCAUUUGAACAGUAGAUUGGAAAAUUUAUUUAAAUAGCAAGAAAUUUGUUUUAUCAAUCCCAGCAAAUACUCGUGAAUGCCCACUAAAACCGAAAAAUACUCCAGUGGGUCAAAGACCUUAUAAAGAUUUAUCUGUGUUUUCACAUUAAAAAGUUCCACCUCACUUAGAUGUGAAAGUACCAAAAGGUUGUUUGAUUUCUAGAAAUUGCCUGACUUGAAUUCUGUGUGCACUUCAGUGAAGAUGCAGGAGAGUGUUUUCAUGUCAAGACGACAGUCAGCAUUUCCAGUUCAGCUGCCUAAGUCAGAUACGUGCCUUAGCUAUAGCAAGCACUUCAAAAAUCUAUAUGAGCUGCAAGUGAUCUUCUUCUGUCAAUAAAAGGUACCUGGGAGUGAUUCCAUCUGCAAUCAUGGGAGUCAGAGUUUAGCUUUUAAUUGGAGCAGGAGUGAGCUCUUUGUUUUGUGCCAUCUGUGCUGUAAUUUCUUUCAAGCACAAGUGCUUUUUAAUAGCUGAACUCCUUGAUUACUUAUAUAUUUUAUUAAAUUAAUAAUUCUGUUAAGAACUUUGGCAUUGCAUUUGGUUGAAGAUGCAUCUAUUUUUUUACAAGAGUAGUGUAGGAGGGGUAAAUGUGGAGCACCCACUUAAUGUCCUUAUUUCAUGGUGAGAUUACAAGUCCUAUUUGGUUCAUGAGAUGGCGUGAGCAUCUUGGAUGGCAAGUAUUCUAGAAAAGGAAUUUUACUCUUGCCAAUGAGUAAAGGUCACUGAUGGAAAAGCCCAUUCUACAAAAUCUGUGUUUCAUGAGACGCCUCCCUCAAAACUGUUGAAACUGAAUUUCUGUGGGAAGAAUAGAUGGAAAGGAGAGAGAGGCAUGGAGAGCACUAGUAUGCAUGGUAUGUAAUCCAUGUAUGUAAUCUGCUAUCCAUUCACAAUCCAGCACACUCCCAUGGCUAAGAGGAAAAUCAAACAUGUACACUUUCCUUUUUACUCCUGUGAAACAAACCACAGAACCCCUUCAUGCAGAUAUCCAUUAUCCACAGGAUCCAGUCAUAUGGAUCUGUCCCCUGUGCAGAUGUCUAUCACAUACAACAUGCAUGUGAUCACUUUUACUGGAAUGCAUUCAUGGGAAAAAUGUCUCACAGUCCCUCUCUUUUCCCAUGAUCAGGAUUUGGGAGAAUCCCAAAAAGAGAAAUGUUGUAUAAAGAUUUGACUCUUAAAGAAAUGUUGCUGUUUGUUGUAGAUGUGGAUAACAUUAGUUUAAACCAAGCUUAAUUUUUCCUAUAUUCUUUCUAGUUCUUUUGGUUCUUUGAGAAUGAAAAAAAGUAAUCAGAUUUGGGCAUCAAUCUGCUGUUGAAUAUAUAUCAUGACAAUAAUGCUACUUACUCCAGUCCACUUGUGACUCCUCUGAUGGUUGCUGGGCAGUGCCAUGCAUCCUGUGGAAUGUCCAUCCAACUCUUCACAGUCUGACCUAACUCUGGUGUAGGCCUGGCUCUUCUGGGUGUUGUGAGCCAUGUGACAGGUGCCCCUGUCUGGCAGUAUGUACAAGGAGGUAUUUCAUUUAAUUCCUUUGAUUGGAAUUAAGAGGUUAACAGAUGGGAAGAAAUACUUUGUUGGCUGAUUAUUUCAGUGCCUGAUACCUUUAUAUUCAGAAUUGUGUUUAGAAAAAAGAGGGGGGCUACUGGUUCUGGAUCAUCAGUAGGGAAAAUAUCUCUAUGACUUGGUACUGAGGCAAAUGCCACAUUUGUGGUAUCUUUAAAAUCCCCAAAGGUUAAAAAACAACUACCCAUCCCCAAUGUCUGAAAACUGUCCCUGUUAAAGCUGGCAUUAUGGCUGUUGUCAGGUUUUGUGCAGUACAUGGAAUGUUUCACUCCUGGUGAUCCCAAUCUGUCACAUCAGAGCUAACCAACUCUUCAGGGUGAGGCUCUAAAGAUUCUGCUUAAAAAAAAAAGGAAAGGUGCCCUUCCUUAAUUUUAAGAAGCUCUUUUUUCCUCUGUAUAAUCUGCUCAGUUAUGUACUGCAUUAUGGCAGAUUUACCUUAUCACUUGACUGCUGCCCCCAGGGACCAUCCCCACCUCAUUUAUUUUCCAGUAACACAAAUUGCAGCCCCAUCAUAUUGGACUGGGACCUUUUCAGAGUCCCACUGACUGCCCACCUUGGAGCAGAUGCGAGACAUGCCCCAAGGUGUGCCAGACAAACCUGGGGCUAUAGGAGAGGUCUGACUCCAAGGACACUCAGAAAUAAGCAAGGAAUCCAAUAGUCGCCUGGAAUGUGCCACUUGAGCAGGUAACUGGCUGGAGAGCACGUGCUGGUAUUUUGGCUCGUGCUGUGUUGUGGUUAUAGACACCACACGCUGCUUCCCAGUGGGGCAGUGCCAAUUCCAGCACAGCAGUCGAGGAACGGAAUCAUCAAAGUGCAGCACCUUGUUUCCCUGUGGUAGCUCGGCUUCCUUUGAAGGAGAAAUCAAAUUUCAAAUAGUCUCUUCCUCUUUUUCUUUUUCUCCCUCAAAAAGGGCUGAUAAUUUAAGGCUGAUACACAACUUAAA